AUGCAGCCAGCACUCACGUCCCUCUUCAUGCUGCUCUUUUUCCUGCUGUGUCUCCUGGGAAUCCUGGCCAAUGGGUUCAUCGUGCUGGUGCUGAGCAGAGAGUGGAGGCAGCGUGGACGGCUGCCCCCCUCGGAACUGAUCCUCAUUAGCCUGGGCGCCUCCCGCUUCUGCCUGCAGUGGGUUGGACUGGCGCACAACUUCUACUACUUCCUGCGCCUGGUGGACUAUUCCAGGGGCCCAGCGCAGCAGCUCUUCGGUCUGCACUGGGACUUCCUGAACUCGGCCACCUUCUGGUUCGGCACCUGGCUCAGUGUCCUCUUCUGCGUGAAGAUCGCUAACCUCUCCCACCCCACCUUCCUCUGGCUGAAGUGGAGGUUCCCGGGGUCUGUGCCCUGGCUGCUGCUGGGUUCCCUCCUGGUGUCCUCCAUCGUCACCAUGCUCUUCUUCUGGGGCAACCGCGCCGUGUACCUCGGUUUCUUCAUUGGAAGGUGUUCUGGAAACAUGACCUACAAGGAGUGGAGCAGGUGGCUGGAAAUUCACUAUUUCCUGCCCCUGAAAUUUGUCACGUUGUCAGUCCCUUGCUCUGUCUUCCUGGUCUCGACGGCACUGUUGAUUAAUUCCCUAAGGAGACACACUCGGAUGAUGCGGCACAAUGCCCACAGCCUGCAGGACCCCAGCACCCAGGCUCACACCAGGGCUCUGAAGUCACUCAUCUCCUUCCUUGUUCUCUAUGCUCUGUCCUUUGUGUCCAUAGUCAUCGAUGCUGCAGGCUUCUUCUCCUCAGACAGUGACUGGUACUGGCCGUGGCAAAUUUUAAUGUACCUGUGUACAUCUGUCCAUCCCUUUAUCCUCAUCCACAGCAACCUCAGGCUUCGAGGGGUGUUCAGGCAGCUACUUCUAUUGGUCAGGGGCUUCUGGGUGGCCUAGGUGGCAUGGUCUCCCUAUCCAGACCCCCAGAAGGGACUUGGGUGAGGAUGAUAGAACCACGGGCUGCUUACCUGGAGACACCAUCAUAGGUGGAUGAGUACUGGAUCGUGCUGUGGGGUCCCUCCUUUGGGAAGGAGGGAGAGAGUCAAAUCUGGGAACUCUGAGCAUCAUACCU